AUGGAUAAUUCAGUCGCCGAUAUCCAGCACAAAAGUAAUUUUUUUCUGGCACCCUCAGAUAAAUCUGGUUCACUGAAUACCUCGGAUUGGCCAUUAUUACUCAAGAACUUCGACAAACUUAAUGUUCGGACAAAUCACUAUACACCUAUACCAUCUGGUUGUUCACCAUUGAAACGUCCUAUCGAAGAUUAUGUGAAAUCUGGUUUUAUUAAUUUGGAUAAACCGGUAAAUCCAUCGUCUCAUGAAGUUGUUGCUUGGGUAAAACGUAUACUACAAAAAAUAUUACCUAUAACAAAAACAGGUCAUUCAGGCACAUUGGAUCCAAAAGUAUCGGGUUGUCUGAUUGUUUGUAUUGAACGAGCCACGCGUCUAGUGAAAUCACAACAAAGUGCGGGAAAAGAAUAUAUUGGAAUUGUCCGAUUUCAUUCACCUAUUGAUGAUGUUAAAAAAGUUUCUAGAACUCUCGAAUCCUUGACUGGUGCCGUAUUUCAAAAACCACCAGUUAUCGCUGCUGUUAAACGUCAGUUAAGAAUUCGAACGAUUUAUGAAAGAAUAUUUUGGGUUAGCUGUGAAGCUGGUACAUAUAUUCGAACAUUAUGUGUCCACAUGGGUUUAUUAUUGGGUGUUGGUGGUAUUAUGCAAGAACUUCGACGUGUGAGAUCGGGAAUUCAAGCAGAAGGGGAAGGAAUGGUUACAAUGCAUGAUGUGCUUGAUGCUAAAUAUGCGUAUGCUCAAAAUAAAGAUGAAACGUAUCUGAGACGGGUUAUUAAACCGUUAGAAGCAUUAUUAGUUUCUCAUAAACGAUUAAUAAUUAAAGAUAGUGCUGUAAAUGCUGUCUGUUACGGAGCAAAAUUGUUGUUACCUGGUGUAUUACGUUAUGAAGAUGGAAUAGAAGUCGAUGAACAAAUUGUAAUAUGUACAACCAAAGGAGAAGCUGUUGCACUUGGUAUUGCUUUAAUGACAACAGCGACAAUGUCCACAUGUGAUCAUGGUGCUGUAGCUAAAAUAAAACGUGUUGUUAUGGAAAGAGAUUUAUAUCCGAGAAAAUGGGGUUUUGGACCAGUUGCAUCUAAGAAAAAAUUAAUGAUAAAAGAAGGUAUACUCGGUCAAUAUGGAAAACCAAAUGAUAAAACACCUAAAAAUUGGAGAGAUAUGUUAUAUGACGUUAGUGCACAACAAGCAUCUGCUGGUCAGCAGCAAAGUGCUGUUCAAAAGAGAUCAUUGGAUGAAAGUACUACGUCUAUUGAUGAAAAUAGGUCAGAAAAGAAAAAGAAAAAGAAGAAAUCGGAUACUGAAGAAAUGGCAGAGGAACUACAGACUCCAGCUGAUGGAAAUGAAAUGAUAACGACAACAAGUGAGAAGAAAAAGAAAAAACACAAAAAUAAAGACAAAGAUGAUGAAUCAGAUUAA